AUGCAUCUCGGCCCGGGCUGUCAAGCGGAUCUCGGCAAGGGCUGUGGAAGGGAACAGUCUGCGAUGACGAUACCCAAGGUGAUUGGCCGACGAGAUUCAACUGCGUCUAAAGAAAUCAUCAGGGUCGGAGCCAUCCAGUCAGAGCCAGUUUGGCAUGAUCUCGAUGGAUGUGUUGGUAAGACCAUCCAGCUCAUCGAGCAGGCGGCCACAGACGGCGUUCAAGUUCUCGGGUUUCCUGAGAUGUGGUGUGGUGCGCCCAUCAUUCAAGCCACCUGGCUUCCCCGAUACCACGCAAACUCCAUGACCAGAGAUUCUCCCCAGAUGAAGCGAAUUAUGGCCGCCGUUAAGGAGGCCGGGAUGUUUGUCGUUUUGGGUUACAGUGAACGCGAGGAUUCCAGCAUUUACAUUGCGCAAGCCUUCAUCUCGCCCGAGGGAGAGAUUGACCACAACCGCCGCAAGAUUAAGCCCACCCAUGCAGAGUGCACCAUCUGGGGAGAAGGGCAAGCCGAGUCCCUCAAGACCGUGGUUGACUCACCGUUUGGCAGAAUUGGCGGCCUCAACCGCUGGGAGCAUCUGCAUCCUUUGCUGCGGUACUACGAGUACACGCAAGGAGUACAGAUCCACGUCUCGAGCUGGCCUUCUUUCUUCGGCAUGCCGGAACCUGACAAAAUUGCAUGGCUCUACCAUGAGACAGCCGAGGCAAGUAGCCGCAUCAGCCAGAAUACGGCGAUUGAGGGUGCCACUAUUGUCAUCUACUCGUCGCAAAUUCUGACGGAGAAGGGCCUGGGAAAGAGUAGCAUAUUGCCCGGCGGUGGCUUCUCCCAAAUCUUCGGUGCUGAUGGAAAGCCGCUGUGUGAACCGAUUGAAGAUGGCGAAAAAGGCAUCCUCAAGGCCGAUGUAUCUCUGGGCGACAUUGUCAAGGCCAAGAUAUUCAUUGAUGUUGCCGGUCACUCUGCUCGACCAGAUCUGCUUGAGCCUUCUUGUUAA